AGACAGAACUAUAUCUGUUUCUGGUUUGACUGCCAGUAAAGGAGUUUUCAUUCAGAUUUUCCGAAGAGAGGUGAAGAAACCUACAGACUCUGGUGAAGAGGGUCUUUGAGCCAGAUGGAGCAUUAUUAGUUGCUGCUUUUCUCAGCAUGGAUAAACCCUUUUCUCAAGAUGAAGAAACUGAGGCCUGGAACAGAGGUCACUUGCCUCCAAUCACACAGCAAAGUAAAGCUAGCAUUAAGACUAGAAUGAUUUUCUGAUGUGCCCUGAGGUCCAUGUAACUACAAGGGCUCCUCUUUAUCACCAUAAGUGCCACUCUGACCCAUUAUCGUUCAGAGCUCAAAAAUCAAGGCAAAAUGGAUGCCACAGUGAUAGAUGAUUUCCAACAAAUUCUGCCUAUUGAACAGCUGCGCUCUACUCAUGCUAGCAAUGAUUAUGUGGAACGGCCUCCAGCUCCCUGUAAACAGGCCCUCUCCAGCCCUUCCCUUAUUGUGCAGACCCACAAAUCUGAUUGGUCCUUGGCUACCAUGCCUACUGGUCUCCCCCGCAGUCUCAGCCAGUGCCAUCAAUUGCAGCCCUUGCCUCAGCAUCUGAGCCAAUCUAGCAUUGCCAGCUCAAUGUCCCAUAGCACCACUGCCUCUGAUCAAAGGCUUUUGGCCAGCAUUACACCCUCACCUUCAGGCCAAUCCAUUAUCCGAACCCAGCCUGGAGCAGGGGCCCACCCAAAGGCUGAUGGUGCUCUGAAGGGAGAAGCUGAGCAAUCUGCUGGUCACCCCAGUGAGCACCUCUUCAUCUGUGAGGAGUGUGGGCGCUGCAAGUGUGUCCCUUGCACAGCAGCUCGCCCCCUCCCCUCCUGCUGGCUGUGCAACCAGCGUUGCCUUUGCUCUGCUGAGAGCCUCCUUGAUUAUGGCACUUGCCUCUGCUGUGUCAAGGGCCUCUUCUACCACUGCUCCACUGAUGAUGAAGAUAACUGCGCUGAUGAGCCCUGCUCCUGUGGGCCUAGCUCUUGUUUCGUCCGCUGGGCAGCAAUGAGCCUCAUCUCCCUCUUCCUACCCUGCCUGUGCUGCUACCUGCCUACCCGUGGAUGCCUCCAUCUGUGCCAGCAGGGCUAUGAUAGCCUCCGGCGACCAGGCUGCCGCUGUAAGAGGCACACCAACACUGUGUGCAGAAAAAUCUCUUCUGGUAGUGCACCCUUCCCCAAGGCCCAGGAAAAAUCUGUAUGACCAUUCCACAAGAUGGAUCCAGAGCUUUCUCCUUCUUAUCCCAUCAAUAAAGCAUAGGCCUCAUGUUUGGAGACAGGGAGGAGUAGUAAAGUAGCCAAAGUUAGGGCCUUACCUCUUUUGUUCUUGAAGCAUCAGGGGAAUGGCGAAGUACAUCCUGGUGCAGGAUGCCUUGUUCUUUUUCAGUUACCUACCCUACUCUCCUUUAACCUUUCUAUACCCCACCACCUCAGCCCUUAUGGCUGUCACGACAAAUUCAGGUGAUACAUGAGUAUGAGGUUGGGUCACUGAGGACUGACAGAGCCAGCAACGUGGAGGUUUAGGGGCUCCCCAAUUUAAUGCCUCCCGGUGCAGGCUCUGAUUGUCACUCUGCUUUCCACAGUACCUUUGGAAGCUUUCUGGUAAGAUAGUUUUCACAGGUGCAGGUGGAACAGCAUUCAACCUUCCAGGGAUUUUUUACCCCAUUUCCUUGUUUACUACCCUUUUCUAUUCAUUUCUUCUCUCCUAUUCUUUCAUUAUCUGGUUCCAGUUUCCUUCCCCCUUCAUUCUCAGUCUCCUUACUUUUACUUUCCUGCUUUUAUUUCUUCUUUCCUUUCUAUUGUUUUGUUUCCCAUCUCUCAGAUUAAUCCUUUUGUUGUCUGUAUUAUUUUUUCUUGUUUUAUCUAUGUCUGUCUCCACGCAUUCCUCUUUCUAACAUAUCUGAAAGUGCUGUUUUUUCCAUAGGUGUUUCCUUGGACACCAAACUUUCCUAUGCUAUACUACUUACUAAAUUUUGUUAAGGGAAAUGGAUUACUAUAUUAAACUGAUCAUUAGCAAUAGUCUGUAUCCCAAUAUGUGUAUGCACUCACAACCACACUCACCUGUUUGUGAGCAUAUGAAAUUCAGUUAUCUUACAUCUCCAUAUUUAAUUAGUUGGAAUUUUUCUCCCUUUCCCAAUAAUCAACUUAUAAUAUUGACAGAUUCCACUAGCAUGCUGAGUAGGAUAGUAAAUCAGGAUGCUCUUAACUUUGUAUGUCUGACCCAAGUGCCAAAGGCAGACGUGCUUUAUAGCUAAAUGAACAAAGCAAAGGAUAUUACAGAGGUAUGUUCUCUCUUAGAAGCUAAAUGCCCUGAGACUGCAUGGCUCAGGCCUUAAUAAUGGACAUAAAAAGUCAUAAAACAUUAGAGCUGGAAGGAAUCUUAACUGUCAGUCUAGUUCAAUGCCCUUAUUUUACAGAUGGGAAACCUAAGGCCUGGAGGUAGGAAGGGACUUGCCCAAGACAACACUCACUAAGUUAAUAACAGAAUUUGGGCUGAAAUAUAGGUCUUCUGACUCCUAGCUCAAUAUGUUCUCCUUGUACCACAUUGAGUCAUUAGACUUUUUCUUAGAACAGUGACAGAAAGCCAUUCCUUUCUGAUUACUUUUCAGAAACCAUGUCAAGUUAGUAUGGUGGUCUUUCUGCAGUGCAUGGUAGGUGGCUAACUAACAGGUGUUGAGGCUGCCACCAUUGGACAUCACCUUUGGCUGUCACCUUGUAGAAGCUCAUGUGUGGAAAAGAAAAAAACUUAAAAAAGAAGCCCUAACCAAGCUGUAUCUUCACCAUUGCACCUAUCUGCUCUUUGCUGCACACUUCGUGCUCACUCCUGGCUUUGUCUGCAAUGGCAGCUGCCUGAGAACCUAGAUUUCAGCAACAGUGAAAAACUGAGAUUAAAGAUACAUAAUGCAAAGAAAUGACCUUGCUCUUACAAAAUACAGAGAGCCUGUGCUGGGAAUCUCUUUUACUAGGAGAAGGCUACAGUGGUGAUGGCAGACCGCUAAAGACUGCUGCUAAAAGACACAGGAAUGUAUAGUUUCCCUCUGUAAGUGAAUCCAAAAUUCACCAAGAAAUUCAGAAAUUGAGGGCACUUGCUUGAAAUCAAGGUGCUCCAACUUAGUUUAAGACUUCCAGACUCUUAACUUUAUAUAUCAUCUCUUUUAAAGUGUGCAUGGAUGUGUGUUGCAGGGUGGAGAAGUGAGGAAACAUAAAUAAGUCAUACAUAGGGGAAGAAAGGGACAUCCAUGUCAUCUUGUUGGAUCUAUACUACAGAAAUAUGUGCCACUUAGUCUUUGUUGGUUCUGAAACUUCCUGAAGUUUGUUAAUAUUUGGGUUGCACACAGCCCCACACCUUCACUUACAUCUCUUGUAGAAUUGCUUUGCUCUAUUUUUGUAUAUACAAAUAUGUUACAAUGAUUAUUAAUAACGUUAAUGAUAUUGCUGCAAAUGGUGCCAUAUAUAAGGUUAGGCUUCUUGGGACAUUUAUAAACUCAAACCAAUACCUAUAAUCUAUGUUGCUUUUAGAUUAUUCAAUUUUAAGUAACUCGUUUUAACCUUACAAGUCGGCUUGAUUGUACUUUAAACUUAUCUACCCCUACAAGCUAUGUCCAGUUCUCUGGGUCAAGCUGAAUGGUGAUGAGUAGCAACACACGCUUCUCUCUGCUUCUGCCUGAAAUUUGCUUAGAGCUCAGAUAUCUAAGGAUUCUCUGAUACUAGUGCAUUGUUAUGGAGCUAAAGAUAUUCUAUGGAUGUUUGCUUAUUAGCUUCAACACCCGAAAUAACACAAGUCCCGCCUUCUUGAUAGCUCCUUGAUAUCCCAAUCCCGCAGUCCUUACUCAGGCAAAUUGUGCACUGCCAGAGGGGCCCUGGGCUCUGCCAUACACCCAGAGGAGCUCUUCACAGUGUAUUUCUAAAUGGCCUUAUACUUGGUAGAAGAAACUGAAGGGUUACUCAAAUAUAGUUACAAUCUGCAAUGUGCUGCCGAGCCAGGGCUUGCACGUGUGUCCAAGUUGGCCUGCUACGGACUGCAUCUGGUUUACAUAUAGAUGGGUCCUGUUGGGAUAGGCACAUGGACGUGUGAGUGUGCA